AUGUCGGCCAGCAAAGCUGUCGUGGAACACCAACUCCUUUCAGAGAGUAUAUAUAAGCGCAAGAAGAUAGAGACUGGAGAAAUCUUACUGAGGAUAGUUUAUGUCUACAUAAACCCCAAAGAUGUUUUGAUCUCAUAUUUUUAUUUUUCAAUUUUUUUACAUUGUCAUGAAGCUUCAGAAAACAUUGAAACUUUCAUGAAACAAUUUCUAAAUGGAAACGUGGUAGGAAGUCUUUGGUUUGACCACAUCAGAGGCUGGUAUGAGCACAGACAUCAUUUCAAUAUUCUAUUCAUGAUGUAUGAGAAGAUGAAGAAGGAUCUCAAAAAUUCUGUGUCAAAAAUGUGCAAAUUUCUUGGGAAAGAACUGAAUGAGGAAGAUAUGGAUUCUGUAGUGAGACAGGCCACAUUUCAGAACAUGAAACAUGACUCACUAGCAAAUUAUGAAAUGGUACUAGAGGAAAACCCUGAAUUAAUAAGAAAAGAAGGCUCUUUCCUUUGCAAAGGUAUUGUUGGAGACUGGAAAACUCAUCUGACUGUUGAACAGAGUGAACGAUUCAGUAAGAUUUUCCAAGUGAAGAUGAAGGACACCCCCUUGAAGUUCAUCUGGAACCUAAAUGAAGAUGUUGUUUAA